ACUUUCUUGAUGGCCCAAAUUUUCACAUCAAAUUAAGAAGCUCAAAGCUCAAAAAGCCCACAUUCAAAUUCUCUCUCCUCUCUUUAUCUUCUCCAUUUUGCCUGAAAAUCCUGCAAAACCGCUGCAACUCUCUGUUUCAAUCCCAACACUCCUACUUCUUCCAUUGGAGGUUUUUGCAACUGGGGAUGGGUCCUUUGACCUUAGCCAUUGGUAACAAGAACUCUUCAAUGGAACAAUCAGAUAUGGCAGUGCCAAAAGUGCAAAAUUUAUCAACAGGCAGUAGGAUGUCUUUUGCUUCUGUUAGCAUCGGAGAAGAAAAGCCCUUUGAUUUCAUUCAGACAUUGAUAGAUGGCAUUAUUGCAGGAGGUACUGCUGGUGUCGUUGUGGAGACUGCUUUAUACCCAAUUGAUACAAUAAAGACUCGAUUGCAGGUAGCACGUGGUGGAGGGCAAAUUGUCUUGAAGGGCCUUUAUUCUGGAUUAGCUGGAAAUCUUGCGGGAGUCCUUCCAGCUUCUGCCGCAUUUCUGGGUGUUUAUGAACCAACAAAGCAAAAGUUGUUGAGGUUGUUACCUGAAAAUCUAAGCGCAGUUGCACAUUUGACUGCAGGUGCUGUUGGUGGAGUUGCCGCUUCUCUAAUUCGUGUUCCCACUGAAGUUGUUAAGCAGAGGAUGCAAACAGGUCAAUUUGCUUCAGCUCCUGAUGCUGUGCGUCUAAUUGUUGCUAAGGAAGGAUUUAAAGGUCUAUAUGCGGGAUACCGAUCAUUUCUGCUUCGAGAUUUGCCCUUCGAUGCUUUACAGUUCUGCCUCUAUGAACAGCUUCGAAUUGGUUACAAACUGGCAGCCAAAAGAGAACUGAAUGAUCCUGAGAAUGCUGUUAUUGGUGCUUUUGCUGGUGCUUUAACUGGUGCUAUUACUACCCCUCUUGAUGUUAUUAAGACUAGGCUAAUGACCCAGGGAUCUGCAAAUCAGUACAAUGGCAUAGUCGAUUGUGUCAAGACUAUUGUUAGGGAAGAGGGAGCCCCUGCCCUUCUAAAGGGGGUUGGGCCGAGAGUUUUGUGGAUUGGUAUUGGCGGUUCUAUAUUCUUUGGUGUACUUGAAAGCACAAAGCGGUUUCUAGCAGAAUCACGAACCAAACGAAUUGAAAAUCCAGUGAAAAAGCAGGAUUGAUGUCUUCUGUUUGCCUUGGAGGUGGAUUGUGAUCUGUAUUUUUCAUCAUUGCUUUGUAGAUCUUUGUCAAAAAAUAGUACUGUAGUGAAAUGCAUAAUGAUCAGAGUUGUUUGUUGAGGCCUAAACUAGAAAAUCUUCUCUUUUUCAAUAAUAGUUGCUAAUUAUACGUUAGUUCAAUUACUCAUUGACAUUAUGAUACAUACUUUUAGCAGUUAUAAAUUUUCAAAGGUUGACAAUUCA